UCCCGCGGGGCCCGGCGGCGGCGGCGGGGGAGGCCUCGCUUCUCCAUGUCGGUUCCCUCCUGCGGGAAAUAUGAUCAGCGCCCCCGACGUGGUGGCCUUCACCAAAGAGGAGGAGUUCGAGGAUGAGCUGUGCAGCGAGCCGCCCUUGCCCGAGGAGUACUCCGUGCCGCUCUUCCCCUUCGCCGGCCCCGGCGCCAACCCCUGGUCCAAGGUCGCCAGCUCCAAGUUCACCCAAGACUUCAUCCUCAUCUCCGAGUUCUCGGAGCAGGUGGGGCCCCAGCCCCUGCUGACCAUCCCCAAUGAUGCCAAAGUGUCGGGCACUUUUGAUCUCAAUUAUUUUUCCCUCCGGAUCAUGUCUGUGGAUUAUCAGGCUUCCUUCGUGGGGCACCCUCCUGGCUGUGCCUAUCCAAAGCUGAACUUUGUGGAGGACUCCAAAGUGGUGCUGGGAGAUUCGAAAGAAGGGGCAUUUGCCUACGUGCACCACCUGACUUUGUAUGACCUCGAAGCCAGGGGUUUCGUGAGGCCCUUCUGCAUGGCCUAUAUUUCUGCUGAUGAGCAUAAAAUCAUGCAGCAGUUUCAGGAACUCUCUGCAGAGUUCUCCAAAGCGUCCGAAUGCCUAAAGACAGGGAACAGGAAAGCUUUUGCUAGUGAACUUGAAAAGAAACUGAAAGACCUCGACUACACUAGGACUGUGCUGCACAAUGAGACUGAGAUCCAGAAGAAAUCCAACGACAAAGGGUAUUACACCACCCAAGCAAUUGAGAAGGCCAAUGAACUGGCCAGCGUUGAAAAAUCUAUUAUUGAGCACCAAGAUCUGUUAAAACAAAUCCGAUCAUAUCCCUAUAGGAAACUGAAGGACACUGACUUCCACCCCUAUGAGCCGAACUGUGGACCGGAUCAGGCUAAUGUGAGCUGUGAUCAGGACUUGACUACCUCUGACCUUGCUGAGCCUGGUGAAAUGCACCUUUAUGCACACAUGCCGUCCUAUACCCCCAAACUCAUCAAAGCAAAGUCUGCUAAGUGCUUUGAUAAGAAGCUGAAAACACUGGAGGAGCUUUGUGAUAUUUAUUUUUUCACCCAAACUCUGGAUCAGCUGCAUCAGAUUGAGAGAACUUUCAGAGGUGAUGUGUGCUACCUCUUGACGAACCAGAUCAGUAGAUCACUUUUAAAACAACAAAGUGUAACUAACUUCCUCUUUGAAGAUGCAUCUCUUCUAGAUGAAAAAGCACCUGAAAAGCAGUACAGAGGCUGCCAGAGGUUUAAUCAAGAUACCAUUGACGGAAAGUGUUUGGAAGAGUCUCCCACUCCUAAAGUGAUAAUCAGCCUGGGAUCUUACAAAUCCAGUGUGGAGUGUGUACCUAUCAAGAUGGAGCAGGAAAUCCAAGACUUGCAAGAACCCCAAAUGACAGAAUCCGUAACUUUUGAGCACCAGGAGAACUUGGACUAUCUCGAUGCAGAUAUUAAAGGGAGUAUCAGUAGUGGGGAGAGCAUUGAGGUUCUUGGAACAGAGAAGUCGGCAUCUAUUUUAACAAAAUCUGAGAGCCAGGCCAGCUUACCCAUCACUCCUAGUCCCCAGGUGGUCAGGAGCAAGGUGGGCAGCAGAAGGACUGUCAGUGAGGACAGCAUUGAGAUUCUCAGCACAUGUCCCUCAGAGUCACUGAUCCCAGAAGAUUUCAAAGCGAGCUACCCAAGUGCCAUUAAUGAAGAACCUUAUGCAGAUGACGAAGAGGGAGGCCUUCGUUUCAGCCCCAAAUUAAACGUGGAUAAUGCUGACGAGCAGGAAGGUGGUUUAAAACAGGAAAACUUAUUGCAGGUUGAUUCUGCCUGUUGUAUUGGGAAGGAGAGUCCCAACUUCCUCGAGCCUCUGCCUGACCUAGGCCAGAAGCACUGCGACGAGGACGGGGUGGUCAGCAUUCCUCCGCAGCCGUACCGGCCAGCAGAGCAGGGGCUGCACGAGGCCUUCGCUGGCUGCCAUUCCCACAGCAGCGUCUCAGGAGGGCUCCUUCCGUAUGAACUCGAUCCGCGCUACUUGGCAGGCAGUAGGGAUGUCAGUAAAACUAGCCUGGAUGAAUGUUCAGACUCCACAAGCUAUAUUAGCAGUGCAGCGUCCACCUGUUCUGACCGAUCCCCUUCUCCUGCUCACCCCAUAAUUCCUGUGAAUGAAAGGCACAAAAAAAAGGCUGGCCAGAAUGCACUACGGUUUAUUAGGCAGUAUCCCUUUGCUCACCCUGCAAUAUACUCCCUGCUCAGCGGAAGGACCCUUAUAGUGCUGGGGGAAGAUGAAGCAAUAGUCAAGAAACUUGUGACUGCGCUCUCCAUCUUUGUGCCCAACUGUGGCACUUACGCCAAGCCUGUGAAACACUGGGUCACUUCCCCUUUGCACAUUGUGGAUUUCCAGAAGUGGAAACUGAUUGGACUCCAAAGAAUGGUGUCCCCUGCGGGGGUGAACAUGUUGCACGCUCUGAGCCGAUACAACCGAUACAUUAGCGUCCUGGAUGUGGACAGUAAGACUCUCCGCUGCCCCCUUUAUAAAGGAACCUUGGUGUCCAGGCUGGCGGACCACCGCACUCAGAUCAAACGAGGGAGCACCUAUUAUAUGCACGUCCAAAGUAUCCUCACUCAGCUGUGUUCAAAAGCCUUCCUCUUCACCUUCUGCCACCAUUUGCACCUUCCCAUCAGUGAAAGGGAACCCGAGGAAUCUGUUGUGAGUCGCAGGAUGAACUUUCUGAAGCUCCACCUGGGCCUUGCUAAUGAAGAUAUCAAAAUUGUACAGUAUCUAGCUGAGCUGCUGAAGCUGCAGUACAUUCAGGAACCCGGCCAGGGGGUGAAUCCUCUGCUCAGAUUUGACUAUGUUCCCAGCUUUUUGUACAAAAUUUAGUAUCAUUUGGGCUGUUUGCCAUCAUACUCGGAUUCUGACGAAGAUCACCUGUGCUUGACAUUGAUGCUGUCUGUAGUAGCUCUCAUAUCAGGAAGGGGCAGAAAAGCUGAUGCAUUUGCAAGCAUCUCUGCUUGGUAGAAAUUAAUAUCCAAGUGACCUAAUUUCUACAUGGUUCUCUGUAGCCCAUAACUUAGAUGUUCUGUCGCAUAAAACCUUGGCCACUCUGUUUUUAAGUGUUGAAAGGGACACUAUUAGCUUCUAAAGCAUUAGAUAAUAGUAUUGCAGGAGAUUUAUGGCAUAGAGAGAGAUGGGCUCUCUUGUGAAGCAAUACUUAGUAACAUGCACCCCCAAAACACACAGUACUCUGCACACUUCCACCAGAGCCCUGAAUGCUCUUGCUGCCUUCCGUGGAGUCAUGACAGAGACCAGGGGGGAGUGUAAAAACCACAUGAAGAUAUUAAUCUGCUAUAUCUUGCCUGCAUGUGGGAUGUAAUUGAUGUGUGUGCUCAAGCUUCCUAGCAAGAUGGUAGUGUGCAGUUGUCUGCCCAUUUGAAGCAGUAGUUGAUGGUGUCCCUUUCUGCAUUUUUAGAGUUCCCUGACGCUUCCCAGAGCUGGUUGUUCCUGAGCCUGUAGGAUAGUAAUGGAAGCACAUGUGCUUCUGUGCAGAAAGUGUUUGCUGAUUUUUUUUCAGCUUUGUUAAAAUAUGGAACGUGGAGAGACUGUUUUCUGAUGUUGGCUAGCAUCAAGGCUUCUGCUGUUGUGAAUGUAGAGCACUGUGCCUUGUUACCUUGUCACAUCCUAUUUGUUUGGUGACUUCUGGGAAUGGUGGGAGGAAGAAGGAGGCCAAGAAUCCUCAAAGCUUGUGAGGUCAAGGGUGGCCUUUUAAGGAAAGAUGGGGGCUGAACAGAGUGAAGGAAAGGCUCCUUUUUACAGCUUUUUGUGAUGGGGAAACGAAGGGUGCAAUGCACUUGAAAGUGUGCUGUGAGGGACAGCAAGCCAUUAGAGCAGGCUGCCUAGCUGGUAAGAUGCUAGCGCUCAGGAGAUAUCAAAGAUGAAUGUACCUGAUCCCAUGUUGUAUCCGUGUAGCAUUUUUGGGGGGAAUUGAAUUUUGUGCUUUGUGGUAAAGCAGGUUCAGUGUUGCUGCAUGCUGCUUCUGGCCAUGCCAAUUUAUUUUAAUGCCCAGCCUUUGUAAUUUCUUGACUACCUCUCCUGUGGUGUUCCUGGGUAGUUCUGGAUAGGGCAGAACAGCAGCCUUCUGAGCCCGGUCGUUGGGUAUGAAAGACCUUCCUUUCAAAGCUUCUUUACUGCUAUCUGUGCCAGAAAGGUUGUGUCACCAUCGCGGUGAUGCUCCUGGAAGAUUGUUCCUGUCAGUGCUAAGAGUUUGUGCCUGGCCAUCUGGAAUCUCCUCGGAGAUGCAUCUCGUUGGCUGCCGUCGUGGGCUGGCGUCUGCUGCUGUGUCCAAUGCCAUGUGGUAACAGCAGCUUUCACACUACUUUUAAGCAAGAGAAAAGUCUUGCUAGGAAAGAUAGCCUUGGUUUUACUUCUUUUUAGCACUGUUCUCUUCUGAUUCUGGGGGUAAAAUGGCUUAGAUUUUACAAGACUAGCUGAAGUACUAGGUUUUUGGAACCUCUGUUUAUUGUGAUUAUGUGAGACAGAAUGCUGGAACUGAUUAUAACAUUCCCUCCAUACCUGGGGAAGCUUCUGUAUAGUCUGGAGUCUGUCAGCGUGCGCUGGACUGCAUUGAACUUGCUGUGGUAACUGCAGUGCUCUGAAACCUGUGUCCCUAAGGGCAGAAGGUCCCGGGAAGGCUGUUGUGAGCACCAACAUCCACCUGCUGGUAGCACUGCCUCCUCUCUACUGCCUGCAAAAAAGGGUCUUUGGAAUAGUGCAAGAGGCAUGAACCAACAAGGUAGAAAGACUGUAUUUGAAACAUUAACAUUAUUUCUGAUGGCUUACAGUGAGGCCAGUUCUGCCAAGAACCUUGAGCUGCGAUACAAGGGUUUUCCAAGGCCAGAGGUUGCCUGUGAUUAUAUUUUUAGUGUGCAGUUGGGAGGCUGUGUGCUGUCACCUUUGCUGAAGGUGAGCAGUGUAGCAUGCCAGCCGUUUUGUGUCUGUGUGCAGGGCUGCAGAAUUGCCUUUGCAUUUAAAGAGCAUGUUUAAAGACCUUUUCCUUUUCUGAUUCUGUGUCCUCCUGUAUGCUGCUGUCGCAUGUGAGCUAGGUCUGCUGGUGAAAGACUUUCAUGCUCUGAGAAAACACGUACUUUCUGAAGU